AUGAAUCGGGAGAGACCAUUCCUUCAAGUUCCACCCUAUAAUGAUGCUGCUGACGAUGCAAGCGAGCUUGAGCCGCCAAUGGACCCAUAUUCCGAAGAUGUACAGCUACCUUCGGGUGGAAAAGCGUCUACUUCUAGCAAAAAGUCACGAAAGGCACGAUUUGACCCGUAUCGAAGAUGCCUAAGCCUGGGCAACUCACCGCAUUACCUUGACUUUACUGAAGACCUUGAUGAACUGGAGGAGGACAGAAGAGUUUAUCAUUUGGAAGAGUUGCCCUCAAAUGUGCCUGGAACUCAAGAAUUUGAUAUCAAUGAAAUCAACCCACCUUCAACACAGCCGAAAACCACGAAAAUCAUUAUAAUAAAUGCUCCAUCUGAGCCUCGGAGAGCGAACACUUGCUGUUACCACCAUCAUUGUCCAUAUGCUCCAGUUAACACCUUAUCGCUUCCUUCUGAUAUUCCACCACCAGCUUUGGUGAGCAACAGAGCUCCAUUUCAUCCUCCUGCGGAAAGUCCGAGAAGGAUAUUGCCACAACUGAGCAACAGCUUGUUCCAAUGUGCUCCUGAUUUGUUGAAUCAAUUCCAACCUUCUCCAUUUUCUCUUGACGUGCGUAACACUCCUUUCCCAGUACCGCAAUAUCAAGGAGCAAACUAUCACUCGAAUCUGUUGCAAACACAUUGCCACACAAUGCCAAUAUCUACGCAUUUUCUGAUACCGUUGUGCGGGAGCCUACUUGCACAUGCCAUCGGCCCAUAUCCGUAUCUUCAUCCACUUUAA